AUGGCGGCGAUGCAGGCCGGGGAGAAGUCGAUGCUGGUGACAUCGGUCUACCCCGCCGGCUUUGUCUACAUCUUCCUGGGCCUGUACUACGUGACGGGUCACGGCGCUGACAUCCGCCUGGCACAGCACCUCUUCGCUGGCCUCUACCUGCUCAACCUGCUCCUCGUCUUCCGCAUCUACUGCCGAACCAACAAGGUCCCCCCGUAUGUUUUCUUCUUCAUGUGCUGCGCCUCGUACCGCAUCCACUCCAUCUUCGUCCUGCGGCUCUUUAACGACCCCGUGGCCAUGGCCAUCCUCUUCCUUGCCAUCAACCUCUUCCUGGAGGAGCACUGGUCCUGGGGCUGCUUCUUCUUCAGCCUGGCCGUGUCCGUGAAGAUGAACAUCCUGCUCUUUGCACCUGGGCUUCUCUUCCUCCUCCUUCAACGGUUCGGUCUCCUGGGAUGUAUCCCAAAGCUCUGCAUCUGUGCCCUGCUCCAGGUGGCUCUGGGGCUGCCCUUCCUGCUGGUGAACCCUGUGGGGUACCUGACUCGCUCCUUUGACCUGGGCCGCCAGUUCCAGUUCAAAUGGACAGUGAACUGGCGCUUCCUCCCAGAAGAGGUUUUCCAGAAUCGAGCUUUCCAUGUCACUCUGCUCCUGGCUCACCUGGCUGGCCUGGGGCUCUUUGCACUGCACCGGUGGCACAGGUCCAAAGAGAGCAUCCUGGCCCUGCUGAAGGAUCCAGCUGAAAGGAAGCACACAUCCCCUCCCUUGUCUGUCAACAAUAUCAUCUUCGUCCUCUUCUCCUCCAACUUCCUGGGUGUCUGCUGCAGCCGCUCGCUCCACUACCAGUUCUACGUCUGGUAUUUCCACACGCUGCCCUACUUACUCUGGUGCACCCCUACCUCCAAGCUCGCCCACGUGCUCAAGGUGCUGGUGCUGGGCGUGAUCGAGCUCUGCUGGAAUACCUAUCCCUCCACAGUCUGCAGCUCUCUCUCCCUCCACAUCUGCCACGGACUUGUCCUGCUCCAGCUCUGGUAUGGCACAGCCCCCUUGCCAGUACCUCAACCAUCCCCACCGAGCAGGAAGUCUGCAGCCAUCUCCAAGAAGAUCAAGUGA